AUGAAUGGUAAUGUGGGAAGAGAUAGUGGUGGACUUGCUGGAGCUUCUAGCAAGAUCAAUCGUUACCUGAGGUCACUAUUUGAUCCUUACGCGACAGAGGAAGCUCUCCGUCUGCGACAAACCUGUUCGCAUCUUCGUGCGGUUCUUUGGGCCACUGCUUCUCCAACAAUUGCUCUUGAGUCUCGUUCUUCCUCCCUCUGGUUAGACCACUAUCCCAAUGGUAUUCGGUACCACUGGAACGGCACGAGUCUCGUCGAAUGGAAUUUUCGAUGGGAAGCAAAGAAAUAUCAGUUACGCAUUGGACCACGCUGGAGAGAGGAUAUGGUGGCGCGUUUGGGCCGAUGGUGGGAAUGCAUGGGGUGCUGUCAAGGUUCGCUACAUUGUAUGAGCGAGCUUGCAUCCCCUUGCGACCGAAGGCGCCUCCGAAGUUCGGAUGCCUUCGUUCAGGACUACGAUUCCGAUGACUCAUAUGACCAGUUGCAGUCAGAGGAUAUUAGGAUCGGCCGACCAGUGAUAGCCAGUCGAGAGUGUAUUCGUAAAUUGAAGUUCAAGAAAGGCAGGCAUUGGCUUGGUGGUGGUUGCAGCUAUCGAAAGCUGGCUUCAGAGUAUACAAUUUGGAACCACAAGUCACGUUCCAGGGGAACGACUGCGGAGAAGAAUGACUUCAAGUUGGUAUGCUGUGCAUACUCAGUUGAAGCUUUGUGUAAUGAGCGAGUUGCUCGUUGCAAGGAAUAG